GUUUUGCAUCACAACCGAAGUUCAGGUUGAGUAGCAUUUUCCAAGUCCUCUUCAUUUAAAGAACAAGAUGGCCAACCGAUCCGAAGAGGUUUCCUUCCAAGCUGGUGAGGCCAAGGGCCAGGCCAAGGCUAAGAAGGAUGAGAUGGUGGACAAGGCCAAGGAUGCUUGCCAGUCUGCAAAGGAAUCAUGCCAAGAGGCUGGUGGGCAGAUUAAGGCCAAGGCCCAAGGUGCUGUUGACGCUGUCAAAGAUGCAACUGGGAUUAACAAACAAAGCUGAUGGAUUCAUUGAUUGAUUUAUCUGCUGGGAAAGAUUCGACAGGGAUGAACAAAGAAAGCAGAUAGUUUUUUGAUUUAUUCGUUCUUUGGUUUCUUAAAUUGUUCCAUCAUUGUUUAUGUCUACAUUAUUAAGAGCAAUUCAUGUUAUAUGUCUUUGAUCUCCA